CCUGUUUACACGGAGGUGGGGGACCCCAGGUAGGUGAAGUAACCCGCCCAGGUGGGGUAGCCCGCCUGUCCAUAUGAUUUCUUAUUUUAUCUUGAUCACGUUUACACGAUAGGUGGGGUGACAAUUUGCCAUGUAAACGUCUCAAGGUGGGAUAACCCGCCUAGCCGGGUUUGCGUUCAUGGUAAAAAGCUCAAAAGCGAAACGUGUAUGUUUUAAAACUUUGUACAUUUCCUAGCCUUCUCAUGGCAGAAAUCACCAGGAACCGCAACGGACACACAAGGAAUGUAAAAUGUUCACAUUUCGGAAUACUUAUCGUUGUAAAUCGACCAUAUUUCGUUUCCCAAACUAUUCCGUAUAACGUAUUAGGUCAACGGUUCCUCGCGUAACCUAACACCGCGUAACACAACGCGUGACGCUUUCAUGAAUAAAUACAUAUUUUUCCGAGAAUUAAUCUUUCGUCUUUCUCGAGAUGUGAGCUUGGGACCCCUCUGCUCAAACUCCUUAAUUGCAAGCGCAACAACAACCUCUAGAAACCUAACCCCAGUACCCCGGGGUUGUAAGAUUGUAUGUAAACGCGUUUUAUUUUUCGACCAAGGCCAGGCGGGUUACCUCACCUAUCUGGGGUCCCUCACCUAUCUGGGGUCCCUCACCUCCAUGUAAACAGGCCCUAAAAUUUCGUCUGUGUCUUCUAUAAUUGGUGUUGAAACGUUUAUUCAAUUUUGAAAAGAUGUUAUUUGUGAACCUUUGACUUUUACAACGACCUCGUCUUGUAAUAUAACUUAAUGUUUGCACGCAUUUAACGAAACUUCUUACAGGUCACGACUCAUCUUCUUAUAUUUGAGCUAGAGAGGAAAUUGUAUGAAAACAGCUCUAUUUAUUAACGUUAACUCUAUUAUUGUCUGAAGAGUUUUUACUUUCGUUGAUAUGUAAAUAGAUAGGAAAAAUGAUUUUGGACACUACAUGUACUCGAGAACGAAUAAAGUUAAAAAUGGCGCUGAGGAAUUAUUUGCUUUGUGUAAGGAAAGUUUUGUUGGUAAAGUUCGUGAUUUAGGACAGGAAUUUUUUGUUCUUCAACGAGCAGAAACAUUGCAUAACGUAACCUAUCUGCAAAAAUAGAACAUUUCCCAUGUAGUUGUAUUCAUAAUUAGGGAUAGUCGGAAGUUAUGGAAUUUUUGAAAUGUUUCAGCUCCUACGAUUAAUAUUAUUAGUUAAGUUGUGAGACUUUAGAGUGGUCUCCAUUUUUACACGUUUUUAGGGAUUUAGAGACGUAAUUUUUGGGCUUUAAUUUUUUCUGCAAAUACGAAUUAAGAUUUCUUACAAGGUAGAAAAUGGUAAAAGUGUUGUAGAAUCUCAGGAAACGUCUAAUCUCUCGCUCCAGUCCCUUCGCAUUACGCAGAGUGCUUGUUUCCUUUACCAAGCUAGCGUGUUUUAAAAACAACAUACAUAAAAAGUUUCCCUGAACAGAUUAUGGCCAAAUUAACACCAAAUUGGAAAUCUACGGUUAAUUCCCUGCAUUUCCGUGGCUAUCCGCUGUGGUUUUUUAUCCAAGGGGGCUAUUAUUCUUGCUGUAAUCGGAAAGAGAGACCCAUAUGAGACACUAUUCAUUUCGUGCUUAAACUCGCCGUGAAACGACAAUUUUUUCAUCUCAAACGGCGAAUAGCAGAAAGAUAGGUGGAAUUUAUGUCGCAAUUGGAAAUAACCUGAUGCAAGUGAUGACGGACAACGUACCACCAGUUGUUAUGUUAUGAUUUUAUUGGUCAAAGUUGACUUCAAGGGUAACAUAAAAUCGAUCGAGGUAAAGUCAUUUUUAGCUUGUUCCUGUUAGUCACGAGAAGGGAAAGAAGUGGAAAGCUAAUUUUCAGCAAACGUUGCUUGUUUGUGAAGGAGAAGCUCAUUCAGUAUGCGUGAAAGAGGAGGCAAAGGUGGCUUGUACAGAUUACAAUGGUUUUUCUCGAAUAUCUUUAUUGCUUUUGUGAUAGCUGUGGCAUGUUUUGUGAACGAGGCGGAAUCAGUGCGCGAGUCGAAAGCUGCGGAAAACUCUAAAUCCAACAAAGAAAAGGUAAAACUAUCUGAAAAUGCGAUUAUGAAAGGAGUUGUUUACUGGAAAUGA